AUGCGUUACGGCGAGGCGGGCAAAGCCCCGAGAGGCUGGAAUCCUGGGAAGGCUUGUACAACUCGUUUGCCUUGCUCCUUACACAUGGUUCUUGCGUCGAGAGCCGCGUCGGGGAGGGCGGCCUCCAUCUCUCAGGCUUCAUCAUCAUCAGCUCCUCCCAGGUUUGCGACCGGUGACGGUGCCGAAGCCACGAAAAGUAUGCAUUUCGCCAUUCUACUGUAUGUAAUGAAAGCCAUGUUUUACACUACAUUCACUUCUGCAGGAGCUUUCGUCAGAGUUGCAGGUUUCACAAUCACGGCAUGUAAGAAUGCUACAAGAACCCCGCAGAACGAGAAAAUUAUUGUACUGUGUACAUGUACCAGCAGCAUGAAGGACUACCGGGUCGCUCCCCCGUCAUGA